AGCACUAGGGUUUUUGGCCUUUGGGCAAUGGGCGAUAUCAGGAGCGCGCUCCAGGUCGCCGCGGGGAUUGGCGAUCAGAAGCAGAAGGUCGAUCAGUACAAGGCGAUUCUCUCCACGAUAAUCGCGACGAAUCAUGUGGAGCACGCCAUGGCCUUCGUCAAUCACAUGGUCUCCGACGAGGUUCCGCUGGUAAUCUCGCGCCAGGUGCUGCAAACUUUCGCGCAGGAUCUUGGGAAGCUGGAAGCCGAGGCGCACAAGCAAAUUGCGCAGUACGCUCUCGCGCAGAUUCAACCCCGCGUUGUUUCUUUCGAAGAACAGGUGUGCCUCAUUCGAGAAAGGCUAGCGGAGCUCUAUGAGAUCGAAGAAGAAUGGACGAAAUCGGCACAAAUGCUUAGCGGCAUUGACUUGGACACUGGAAUCCGUGCCGGGGACGAAAGCUACAAGCUAACAAAAUGCGUGAAAAUUGCUCUGCUGUACUUGGAGGAUGAUGAUGCGACAAAUGCCGAGGUGUACAUAAAGAAAGCCUCUUUCAUGGUGAAUGGCUGCAAGGAUGAAGCUGUUAUUCUACAGUACAAGGUGUGCUAUGCGCGUAUUCUUGAUUCAAAAAGGAAGUUCCUAGAGGCCGCACUAAGAUACUACGAAAUGUCGCAACUUGAAAAGAGAGAAAUUGGGGGCCGCAUUGUCGAUGAAGAGGAACUCCAGCAAGCUCUCACAGCAGCGGUGACGUGUACUAUCUUGGCUGCUGCAGGCCCUCAGAGGUCGAGAGUUCUCGCAACGCUUUACAAGGAUGAAAGGUGUUCGAAGCUAAAGAUCUAUCCGAUUUUGCAAAAGGUUUACCUGGAAAGAAUUCUUAGAAAACCCGAAGUCGACGCGUUUGCGGAAGAGCUCAAGCCACAUCAGAAAGCUUUGCUUCCAGACAGUUCGACGGUUUUGGAUCGCGCUAUGAUUGAACAUAAUCUUUUAAGCGCAAGCAAGCUGUACACAAACAUCAGUUUCGAGGAGCUGGGAGCAUUGCUAGGCAUUGCCCCUGACAAGGCUGAAAAGAUUGCGGCGAGAAUGAUCUCGGAAGAUCGUAUGCGCGGAUCCAUUGACCAGGUGGAGGCUGUGAUCCAUUUCGACAACGACAUUGAGGAGCUGCAGCAAUGGGAUCAACAGAUCGUGAGCGUUUGCCAGUCGCUCAACGACGUUCUCGACAGCAUGAUGAAGAAAGGAAUACCCGUGGCUGUAUGAUCUUAGUCGUCGGAACCGAGUAGAAAUUCCUCGCACUCUCUAAGCUGCAUCAGGUCGAUUUCUCCACUCUUUUUUGGUUUGCUUAAGCAAACCCUGUGGAUGGUAAUGAAUAUAUCUAGAAUAUACUUAAAUAUUUUAG